CAUUUCCACUUAAACAAUUCAUGAAACGGUCCAUCUAAGGCAGGCUCGCUGCAUCACUAAACGACUUGUGCUGAAACAGCAGGAGCAGAGACGAGACAAUUGCCCUCAGUGUAUGGCCAUUAGUCCCACUAAGAACAGGCACAAAUGACAGGAUUAGCAGGUCACAGCCUAUUGAUGCAGAUGAGGAGAGGAGUAGAGAACUCUGUAUGGAUGAUCCUACCUUAUUGCCCAUCGUGGACGUGGAUAAAGGAUUUGCCAUUGCCUUAUUCCUACUUCUCUGUAUUUUUCUGGCCAUGAUGAUUGUCCGCUGUGCAAGGCUAAUCAUGGAUCCCUACAAGGACAUCCCAAACUCAAUGUGGGAGGACCAGUAGGAGAUGGUUGAAUGGUGGAACUUCGUAGAAUGUACACCACGUAGAAUCUUCAUUCUAACAAGAGAAGUCAUGAGAAUGAGAAAAA